UUUAGCCUUAGCUUUUUUGGGAAAUUUAGCAAAAUUUAAAAAUUGUUUUAUUUUAAUGCGAAUCGAUUGCAAUGAGUUUCUUUUCACUCAAAUAGUGCUUUAAAUAAAAAAAAGAAUAAAAAACAAAAAAUAAAUUCAAAAAAUUUGAAAAUUUCCUAAGGCUAUAGCUAGUGGGUCAAGAGCGAAAGAGGUAUUUCAAUCGCUCCGGUCAUCUUAUCGUGCGCGCUCCCGCACAGCUCACGGAAAAAGAGGUAGCUGUAUCGCAGGAAUCGCUCCUGCGUGCAGCGCUGCUUGUGGUGCGAAACUUCGCUCCUGGGAGCGCAUCGCACAAUCGCUCCUGUGUGCAGCGCUCCGUGUGGAGCUACCUCAAGCGCACCGCAGACUUUAGAGAGUGAGAGCGGUGCGCUCCGCUCUUGCAAAAGAGCUGCUUGACCCAACACUAGAUUCAAAGAAAUUAAUAACGCCAUCUGUUGGAAAACUUCAACAUACUUUCUUUGCUUUGUAAAAUGCCUCAUACUCUCAUUACUUUUAUCUUAUUAUACUCACCGGCAAUUUGCGAUCAUCGAUCUGUCAUAUCGCUUUUGUUUUUUCCUCUAUCGGCGCCGUCAUCUCAAUCUCUUGACGCAUUGGUUGCGUUUGACUCACUUAAACAACGCUACCGUCCUCUAUGGUGAACGAGCACAUAAACAUAAACAGCAGUGAAAUAUUACAAAUUAAUCUGUAUGUCUAGCAAAAAUAGACAGAAUGAUAAAAAAAAUGAACUUCACAGUUUAAUAUCUGUAUGAACAUUUGAUUUUUUCUAUGUAACAAAUGUGAUUACGCAGCCUAACUUUUGUUUUUUUCGGCACAAAUUCAAGCGCCACAAAUACCGUGAAGUUGUUGCUGUUGCCACUAUGAAUGAUUGUCAUCCGUAAAUAUUAGUCACUUUUGAUUGCUACAUCACACCAUCUUGCGUUUCGGUGCUAAUUGAAUUUGCCUUGUAAUGGCAUUAAAUUUGACACGAAUGCUCCGUAAUUUUUAGUUUGAUCGUUCGAAAAUGUAUUUUUAAAAAGCCUUUUUUGCACAAUUUUUUUUUUUGUGUGUGGUUCAUCAAUUUAUAUCGCUUUUCUUACUUUUUUUAAUUCUAUAGUUGAAACAGCAAGCUAAAGUAAAACCAGCUAAGUAAACUCAUUGGCUCACGAUCGGUAUCGCACGGCAUACAAAGUUUUCCCGCACAAGGGACACAAUUUUUUUAUUAUGAUUGUCUCCACCGUUCAUCGUCUUCUGGUCGUUUGCGUUCGUUAGCGCGAUUUGAAUAACGUUAACGAGAGCUUUUGCUGGCUCACGCGACUUCCAAUCUAUACACGAUCGUUCGCGAGCUCACACACAUGUAUCGUAAUGGCCUAGAGGGGUUUGUUUAUAGAUUUUUUUUUAUUAUUUAACUCCCUUUUUUUAACUGACGCUAAUGCGUUCGUGGGUAUACUUUAGAGGGUGGGAGGAAAAGGAAGAGAAGGAAAGCUCUUUCAUUCGCAUGGUCGGCAGGUUAUGUGGGAUCUUCAUUGUAUUCACAGCUGUUUGCUGGAGGCGACAGCUAGAUUUUCGGUUGUUCCAAUCGUACACGAACCGGUCGUCAGUGGUGUUCCGGAAGGUGGUGAAGACGCAUCAGUUACUGACUGGUUCAGACGCAGAAAGAAGGUAGCCAUUGUGAAGUUCGAUGGGAGCUACUAGUGCACGGCGUCGUGCAAGCAGUUUUGCAGCUCCCAAUAAUCCCGUCACUGUUCGUACCGUUUUGCGAUGGAGUGCAGUGGGUAUCCUGGUGACUUGUGUCGUUUUGGUGUUAAUACUACCGUGGCCCCUACCAUACGAACAGUCGAUCGAAGAGAUCAUGGAAGAUCGUUCGAACCAUCUACAGGAACAGUGUCAAAUAGUUCACUCGCUGGGGAAUUUCUCCAUUGCAAGUCCACAAACUUCCAAACCCCAGUAUCUGUACUACAACUACUUUUAUCAACCGCGGUACCAAAUGUUAUGGUGUGCAAUAAGCAAAGUUGCGUCCAGCAGUUGGAUGUAUCAGUUCAAUCGAUGGGCUGGAAUUCCACGGGAAAAGAUUGCACAAGCGGCCCGAGACAUGAAGGCACUCGCGCGUAUGUACUAUCCAGCACCAACACGUGCCGACGUGGAACAGAUGAAGCAGAACGUCGCGUCACCAGUGAUCCGAUUCCUGUUGGUACGUGACCCAAUGGAUCGGUUCGUCAGUGCGUAUGAAGAUCUGAUCGUUCGUCCACAAAGCGAUAACUAUCGCACCCUCAGGCGUUUCAUCUUUCGCGAGGUGUACGGCAUGGAUACGCCCGUUGGCGCAAAGAACGGUACCACGCUGCCGGUACCGAGCUUCAGCGAUUUCACCGAAUUUGUGCUACGUCGCACGAACGUGCUGGAUCCACACUGGAACACUUAUUACAAUCUGUGCGAUCCCUGCUUCCUGCAACCGACCGUGAUCAUCAAGCUGGAAACGUACGAUCGGGACGUAACGCACCUUCUCCAGCUGGCGAACGUAACCACCAGCGCGGAUAAUUAUGAUAAUGCACGAAACGAUGAUGAUGGAUUCGAGGGACAUCGGCUGAAUGUUAAUCAUCAUCGCACAUCGGGUGACACUUUACACCGAAACGCCUCCACGAUGGAUCGGUUAGCUGAACUCACGAAGGAACAGUUCGAACGUUUGUACCGUCGUUAUGAGCUAGAUUUUCGAUUGUUUCAGUACGACGCUAGUCAGUAUUUUGCACUGUACGGCGAAGACUAACGCGCAUCACGCAUGUCUAACUGUGAUGUUUAGAGUGUAGCUUAGCUGUUUGUUAGCUUUAUCUCAUUAGAAGCUGUCAUGGCAACUAUGGAGUACGUCUGAAGGUAACACAGUGGAUUAAAAAUAUUUUUUUUGCUUAUUUUUGGGUGAAAUGAACGCAAUUCAAAUCCAAUUAGUAUAAGGACAACUUAAAAAUGAUCUAAAAAAUGUACGAUGCAGGCAUAAUGAAAGUGGACCAAUAGUAGUCCAAUAUUCAUUGGAGCAAAUACAAGAAACAAACUGAAGAGGAUGAUGAAUAAAAACUAAGUAAUUACAGUGAUAGUCUAAAGUAAUACCUGCAGUGAUUACAUUUUAUGUUGUCGUAAGUGAUAAAAUGAGGUGGAUUUGAAGACUUUCAAACAAAAUUUAUGUUUUAAUACUACCACUAAUCACUAGAAGGAUUAAAAAUCAAAUUAUCUGGCGGCAAUGAAAAGUUUCUUAGCCUUAUUCUUAUACAGUAAUGAAACAGCAUAUGAAUGUCUCCACCUUGAGCAUUCAGAGCACUAAGAAUGAAUAAAACAAAGCACAGUCAAGGAUUGAACAAAUGCUUUUCAUAGUCAUCCCACUUGAAGUAAGCGAUUAUGGUGGUGUUUAGCUUCGCUUUUCUACACACACCAACACUUUCAUUCACAGUUUGCUUCUAUUGUUCUACCCAGGGCGGAGAAUCGUUUCCAUGCAUGACAAUCAGUCUGUAAGCACAUCCGCGUCCUUGGCAGAACGUUUACUUCAGGCACAGCCAAGGGAGCAUUUGCACCAAAUCCCUUGAUAUGCAAAUUGGUGCGGAAAAAUUGUCAAAGCCGUUGGUUCCAUCGGAUUUAUGCUCGUACCGUGCUUGCAAGCGUUAUGGUGCUGGCGGGUGGAAGUUCAUUCAAAUAUGGAAAUGAUUCUGUGAGACGGAUUAGUCGCCUACCGGUCUACGUCACUUGUAGUGAUGGGAAAAUUGGGAAGAAAUAGGAACGGAACGGAACUGGGUUCGUUUUGUUUUAUUUUAAUGCGAAAUUGUUGCAAUAAGUUUCUUUUCACUUAAAUAAUGCUUGAAAUUAAAAAAAGAAUAAAAAAUCAGAAAAAAAAUAAAAAAAAUUAUAAAAAUUUAAAAAUGUGAUUAGGCUCAUUUUUGCACGAAAUUUUGCCGAUAACUCGGUCGGUAUCCAACGGAUCGCCAAUCUUUAACCUGUGGUCGAUAGAUGGCACCAAUGGCUACAUUUUCUUCUUGGACGGCCAUGCCCUCAGAUGUCUGUGCCAGAAGUUAUUCGAGGAACCGUGUUCCUUACCCUGUUUGAGAAAAUAUAAAAUUUUUCUCAUUUUUCUACAAUUUAGCAAAAUUUAUAAAUGUGAUAUAUUUUAAUGGGAAUUUGUUGCAAUAAGUUUCUUUUAACUUAAAUAGUUUAGCUUAGUUAGUUUAACUUAAAUAAAAUUCAAAAAAAUAAAAAAUUAGAAAAAAAUUUCAAAAAACUUUUCCACUCGAAAAUUUCAUAAGGCUUACCCCUUACGUUUUUUUGAGAAAUUUUACAAAAAAAAUAAAUUGAUUUAUUUUAAUGCCAAUUAGUUGCAAUGUGUUUCUUUUCACUUAAGUAAUGCUUUAAAUAAAAAAAAGAAUGAAAAAUAAUAAAAACUUAAAAACAAUCAAAAAAAAAGUUGACAAUUUCUCAAGGCUAUAGCCUCAGCUUUUUUUGAAAAAUUUAGCAAAACUUAUAAAUUGACGAACCUACCAGGUUCAUUCCGGAACGCACAUCACUAGUCGCUGGUGUUUCCUUUAAGUCCUUUGCUAUUUUCACUUGCAUAUGAAUAUGUUGAGGACAAAUCAAGUUUUUACUUAUAAAAUGUAACAUUGUUUUUUUUUUGAAAUAUUGCUCCUUUUUACAAUGAAAAGUUUUCUACUAAACGAAGUUUAAAUUUAAAUAAUGUUUGGCAAACAAAGCAACUCUUCGAAAACAAAUCAUUUUAUUAUAUUGUCUCCAUAUAUUCUGAACAGCCUAAAGAUACGGUGGACAUUAAUAAUGCUUUCUGUGCAGCUAUCAAAACACUCCACCUCCAGUCAAAUCUUCUAAAUCUCCACCUCACUAUCUGUUUGUGGUCGCCUUAUGAAUCAAAUUCAAAUAAACUGCUUCGGCAUGACUCUCAGCAGCGCGAUUCAAGAUACGGUUCAAAUUUCCAUUUAAAGAUUAUGCAAAUGUACCCACGCUUAUUAUUGAACCGGUUCAUGAUAGUUUAAAGCCUGGCGAUGUGAUAAGCCGCUAACAAGUAUCAACGUUCAUCAUCUAUUUUAAGCGAAACGAUUAAGUUUAAUAACUUUAUUUGGCCUUGAAUGGCUUUUUUGUUUAACUUUGUUGUAUUUUGUUAUUCUUUUUUAACUUGUUAAGUUACCUUGACGAUUAAAUCUUAUCUUCAAAGCAAAAUGUUGUUUCAUCACCUCCACACACUCGGAAUAGUGGCUUCAUCAAAGCCACGAUAAAUGUUGGAUUGAGGCAUGUAUGGAAUUUUGCACAAGGAAAUUCACAUCACGAUGGAAAAUUCAAAAUCCCCCACCAUCGCCUCUUAAACAUCCUCCCGUGUGCAACAAUGUUUUGUCGGUGGCUGUGGCGGUGGCUGUAAUUUACUGACACGCGUAUCACCUCUAUUCGGAAACAGUUGUUGAUGCCCGUUGAUGACUUUCAUAUCGUUCAGGAUGCUGUCCAACUCUCCUUCGGGACGGUUGCAUACACUGCACGCGUGUGGUGAAACAGUUCGGUUUGCACACCGAAAAUAAACAACUGUCCAGUGAGUGAACAAUGGCGGGCCUCAGUUUUGCAACGAGCAAACAUUGUGAUGUGAUUUUAUCAUGUCAUGUUGGUUGGUAAAAUGUGGCAAACCAUGUUGGCGAACUUCUUGCGCAUGAGUUGGCGGAAAAAGGAAAAAUUCUUCAUCCAUCAUGCUUCAGUGCAGGUGGACGAUAUGGUGUAUUACGUGCUUGCGCAUAGUUAUGUUCUUUAUUAUAUUAUUAUUAUUAUAUCUAAAUUAUUUAAAGAGAAAUGUUUUCCAUGUUUUCAUAUAAUAAGCUUUAUAAAAUUAUUCUAUAAUUAUAAUAUUAUAGAAUAAAAACCAAUCAAAUGAAUUUUUAAUAUAAAACGUUUGUAUUCUGUUGUAAAAGUUGUACCUCAAAAUUGAAGAUUGAAAUCAAAUCUAAAAAUUGUGUUGCUGCUGACAGUGAAUUGUUCCCUUGAAAGUUUGCCAUAAACUAUCGACACUGUAUCGAUUCUGCAAAUGGCUACAGCAAUGGAACGCAAGCCUGAAAAAAUAGUAAAAAUUCAAUUCAAACUACAACGUUCACAUACGAUACGACGGUAUGUCUAUUCGACUGCUCGCUUUGCUUCCGUUAGAAAGCGAACGAACAGGCUAUAUCGGAAAGAUUCCCUAGACCGUUGUAUCUUCCUAUUUUUUUGGUUGUUGCAGAAUAUUGAAAACUGUUUCACAUCAUGCUCCGGAAAGGGAACAAAUUUACGGAAGGUGAUCGUUGAGUGAAAAAGUAAAUAAAAUGCAACCGAAAUAAACCGAAUUCAAAAGCCAACUCUGGAAUGACAAGCAUUGAACGGGGAAUGAGAAAAAAAUGGCAUACUUGUCCAUUUUCCUGUUUCUGUUUUUUUUUUCUCUUGUUGAUCCUUUAUUGCACUUUUCCAUCCUGAUCCCAUUGAUGGUCGUCCGUAACUCAAGAGGCUUCUAACGUUUUGCACAUCAUACCAGGCGUACAUUUCGUCAAUAGUUCGUUUCAUUUAUUGAAUUUUGGCUACAUAAAACAAAAAAAAACCUACCAUGCAAUGAAAACGGUGGACAAAACUUGGCCUUACAGUUUUAUCUGUACUGCAGCAAAAAAAAACGAGAGAAAAUAAAUGAAAUGCAAUCAACGUGUGUCAGAAGUACAUUUGUGAAUGAUGAAUCGACAUGUUUUUUUUUUGCUCGAAUGGGGGAAAAUUACUUUCAAUAUGAAACGCUUUUCCAUAUUAAUACAUGGAUAUAUUUUGUAACAGAAAACGAAUUUGUUUGUGAGUUUAAAAGACUCUUUCUUUGUUCGGAAAACUGAACGUAUACUACAGAUUACGCUUGAAAGUAGACUAUUUUCAUGCUUAAGAUUACUUUUAAUAGCAGUGCAUACAUCUAGGCGCAUGUAAUUUAAAUCAUUUAUGUUUUCGAUGGGUUUAACAACUUAUAAAACAUAUUCUUUCAAAAAAUUGUAUCGUCUAUUGUUUUUUUUAGAAUUGAAACUAGAACAGCAACAAACCGUAACAAUGCUGUUCCGAAAUUAGAUCCCUUUGGUCUAUUAUUACGAGUUGCAAUUUGAACCAAAGCUGUCACCUGACUGGCUAAUCACAGGGUUGGCAAAGCCAUCGGAGACAAUUCGAAUGUUUGCCGGUUGAAGUGUGCUCUAAUAUACUAUCUAUACGUUCUACGUUAGCAAAAAUGCAACAAUGAACCAGUUUAUAUCUCAAGUACACUUCACCAUCAUGGCAUCGUUUGACAAAAGGAGUGUAGCUUCUGCAUUGUUUUCUUUUUGCGUUAUAGAUAAAAUUGUGCUUCUCUAAAGAGAGAGAAAACAGUAGAACAUACCUUGAAGAAGGUAAUAGUAAAAGAAAUGUAUAGCAUUUUAUUCCUUAUCAUUUCUUUCGCGAACUUUCACGCGACACCCUGUGGCUCCGAAUGACAAAGUCAAGUGGAUACAGAACAGCUUGUGGAACGGAAGUUGGAACAGUUGGAUUCUUUUUUAUCGCACUUGAAGUUGCUUUACAGGAGGCCUGUUCCAUUGAUAACAAUGUGUCAUACGUUUUAUGUAACUCGUUGGAACAAAAAAGCGGCGUGAGAAAAUAUGGAUCCAGAAUGUUGUCAGCUUUGCCACUGAGUAAUAGCUUUGUGUGUCACAACAAUCUGUUGCUUUUGUUUAUGUUAAAAGGUUACGCUUAGCUAGAAUGAAGUGGUCGGUACUAAAUAAAAAAAAAUAUGGCUGCUAAUUUGUUACAUCUGCUGUCGCUGUCGAGAAAGCGUAGCAAAGCAACUUCAUUUCCGGACGCUUAUAUUGAUUGGUAAAUUAAUGUUAUGAAUGAUUAAUGUAGAGCCGUGAUUACUAAUAAAGUAAUUGAUGUGCAGGACAUUAAUAAACACUGCUUAAUUCAUGUUUAUUACAUAGGGUUU